AUGGCAAACCGCGUAUAUUAUGAACUCUCAGCGGAGGCAGUAGACGUUUCAACCAACCCAAUUUCUCAAUCGCGACAACAACAACAACAACAACAACAACAGUCUUCGUUAUCCCUCAGAAAACCUUUGACUCCUCCGCCAGAUAACGAUGAGCCAUCGACAAUUCGAGGCGUUCCAGGAGAUGAGCUAUCUUUAAUUCCCCAAAAACUAUUCACGCGACGAUCUAAAUCGAAUCUCCUGAGCCAAUCUAAAGAAAAUAUCAUCACCGAAACUAUAUCAACAAACCCCUUCAAUCGACCUAUCUCCACAACUCCAUCUUCAGAAACCAACACUUCUACCGCCGACAUCUCACUACAUAUUCCCGGUUCCAGACUAAACCUAAAUUAUAAUACUGGCCCAGCUCUUCCACCCCGAAGAAUCUCUCAAUACAAUCCAAAUGAAGUACACUACACCCGAGACUCCCACAGGGUAAUCGCAUAUCUCAUACCACUCCCCAAACCCAUCAAUGUUUCCGAUGCAGAAUUUCCCCAGCGCUAUCUAAUCUACACACCACCCGCAGCUCAUCUUCUCGAACCAGCUGAGGGAAUCAAAGAAGGAAAUCGCCAUAAGGGGAAACGUUUCUGGCAGCGCGAAGUAAAAAAAGCCAAAACAUAUGAUGGCAAAACCAUGAGUCUCAAGGGUCUCCAUAGUAAAACCACCCGAGGUGUAUUGCGGGGGAUUGAUUCCAUUAAAAACACGGACAUGACAUUCCUCAACCGCGUCCCCCGAAAAGAAAUCGAAGAACUCCACCUAAUCUACCCCUCCACAACUCCCCACUCCCCCUCCGACCUCCGCACCCACUUCCUCACCCACCUAACCCGGUCGAAAACCCUCUCCAAAAAACACGUCGCAAUCUCCACUCUUCUCCUCCUCCCCACCCUCUUAAUCUCCACCCUUUCCACCAUCAUUUGGCCUUUCGGCGGUCUCUUCGAAGUAGACGCUAUAUGGACUUAUACAUCUAUCCGCGGGUACCUCGUGUCCCGCUCCAUUACCAAACGACUCCUUUCUCAAGACACCACACAAAAUCACAAUCAAAACUACAACUACAGUCACAACCACAACCACGACCCACCACCCUCCAUCCAAGACCGCGAACUCCAUCUCCAUCUCCAACAAAAUGAAGAAAUAAGAAUACUCGAGAAAUACGUACAGGAAUUAUGCCACACGGUAAACCCAGCGAGGUUUGCAAGCCCCGGGAUGUCGAUUACGGAAGACCAGGUGUUGAGAGCGAUGGGAUGGGAGCCGGAUUUGAGGGGUAGGGUGAGAAGUGGGGAGAGGGGGGGUAUGCCGGAGGGAGGGGUGAGGGAUUGGGAUGAUGAGAGGUGGCAAGAACGGGAGGCGAGGGAUGAUUUGGUGGGGGUGUUGGGGAAAGAGGCGAAGAGUUGGGAUGGUUGGUGUAAGAGGUGGGAGAAGAAUCCGAAGAAGGCGGAGAAGAGGUGA